AUGUCACCUAGAUCCUUGUUUUCAGAGAUGAUCUCACCUCCUCUAUCAUUAUCACCAACACUCUCACCUACAUCUACUUACUCAAACCUACCUGAUACACCCAUGACAACAAAUUCAAGACUUCCAGACUCUUCUACUGGAAUGAUUUUCUUUACUCAUCAUACUACACGUGAUCAACAAGAUAACAGCGAUCAUGUAAAAGAGUUAUUCACUUCUACUCCAUGGGAGUAUCCUCCUUCAACUUCAAACAGACACCGCCACCGCCACCGCAGCCGAGAGGAAGAUAUCCCAAAAUUGGAUUUGGAUUCUGAUCGAUUGGGAUUGGGACGAAGGGAAAGAUUACCUGAUGAACCAUAUUAUCCCUCAGGCUCUGAGCCUGCUUCUGCUCUCUCACUUUCCCCCUAUUCUUCAACUCUUGCUUCUGCUUCUGCUUCUGACUCUGGCUCUGGCUCUGCUCCCACGUGCACAUCCACUCCACCUACCCCUGCUGCCUCUUCUUCUUCUUCUUUUGCUCGCGGUCGUCGGGCCGGUCUUGCUGGAGUCUCAGCCGAUACAACCAGAACACAAAUAUCCGAUCUUUCGUCUCAAGAGAGCGACAGCAGGACUACCCAGAAUGAUUGGCUUGGACUAACGCUUUCAUCCACAGGAGAGAUUGCCAAGCCUCUUCUUCCUUCUCCGUAUUCAAGUUAUGCCACCUUCAAAAAGGGAAAACGAAACCUACCAUUUGGACACACUUUCCUUUCACCCGUAACUCAGAUUUCGGGACCAUCUGUACCUAUGGGUGUAUUACCAGCUCCUUCUUCUCAACGAUUUCAACGACAGCAUCAACAGCAACAACCUCAUCAAUACUCACCGGAACAGCAGUCUCGUCCACCUGCACAAGUGCCACCCUCAUCAUGGCGUUUCCCUCAUCCAGGAUCCCAAACACCUCAAUUGUCAGAGGGUGACUCAGAAGUUAAAUCUGCUCAGCCGACAUAUCCAUCAGAGAUGAUUUACCAAAGACCCUCAUAUGGAGAUUCAAGAAGGAAUUCUUGUGCUUCUGGCGAUUCAGAAGAGACGAUUAGACCAGGAAAUGGAUUUGUGGCUUUAAAUGACCUUACUCCAUCUUCUUUCUCUAGUCCCCAAUCUACAAAGCCCGCUCCGACUGGAGGUGUUGCUGAAUCGAAACGCAAACACAGCGAUGUUGAGACUUGUGCUGAAAUCUUCGGACCCAGUCGAACAAGAUCAACGUCGACCUCACAAAUCCCUCAGACUUCUCGAAUACCUUUAUUCUCCACGUCGGUGGUUACAAACAGUAGACCUACUAGUCCUGUCGGGAACCCCCUCGACACACAAGACAACGGUACUCAAGAAGAUAAACACUCCACCUUUAAAAGCUUAGGAGUCAUGCGUCCAGCUGCAACCCAUAGGCAUACGGAUACCGGCACAAUAAGUAGAUUCAGUAGGCCUAUAUCCCCUUUACUUCCUGAAGAUCUCUCUCUAUCAACCAUGAUCCACAAAAGCCAUUCACAAGCAAACAAACCGAUACAUCUUCAUCGAACAGUAUCUUCAGGACCCGAGAGACCCAGAUCACCUGCUACGGCAAAGGAAUCUCUGCAUGCCGUUCUUACAAAACAUCCACUUGUCGGCGAUAACGAUGAACAAGUGGAGGGCUCUGUAGAUAAACUGGUCCAAGCUGCUCAAAGAUAUCAAUCUGCAUCAAUACCUUUCAAUCAAGCUUAUCUACCUAGAACGCCACCGAUGUCACCUCCAGACCGCACAAUGUCAUAUAGAACUUAUCAAACUCAGCAAGCGUUAUAUGAAGAGGCGAUGGAAUCAAAACCGAAAAGAGGUUUUGCACCGCUGGCAUCCACAUUCGCACCAUCACCUCCACCUUCUUCACCAGUCGCUUUGUCUCCCACAGCCAAUUUUUCGGGUCAUAAUUCCCUUGGCGAGGUAAGAGAAAGGUUUGAUGUGAAUAAAGUUUCCGAGAGAUUGAGGACCCACAAAGGUAGAAUCAUUUUUGCGGAACUGGAAGGAGUCGGUGAGCCUUUCCAGCUCCACGGCGACGACCCUCAAGAAACUGGGACGAACGGGCAUUGCAGGAACAGGACCAUGAACCAGUCCGGUCGAAGAGCUCGAACUAGUGGUACAUGA